GCGGGUGGCCCCGGAGGCCUGCGCGCUGUACGGGUCGGGUUCCCUUUUGCCCACCGGUCCCCGGAGGAGGGGGGCGAAGUGCUCCACGCCGACGCCGGGGUGCGGCCAUGACCCCAGGCUGAAGGGCUGACCUUCCUGCCGCUGGGCCGUGCGCCGAGCCGACUUUGAGGCGUCCUCGCGAUUCGACCCGACGCGCCAACCCUCGCGACAUCAUGGUGGCGUAUUGGCGACAGGCUGGACUCAGCUACAUCCGAUACUCCCAGAUCUGUGCAAAGGCAGUGAGAGAUGCACUAAAGGCAGAGUUCAAAGCAAAUGCUGAGAAGACUUCCGGCAGCACCGUAAAAAUUGUGAAAGUGAAAAAGGAGUAAUCUACCCUGACUAAAGCUUCGAACACUGCAUUUUCUGCGGUGAAGAUGUGUGGGUACAUGUUACGGCAGUGUGCAAACGAUCUCCCUGCAUGGAAAAAUAGCCCUGUCUUGUUCUAGAUUGACAAUGCCAAUAAAUCGAAGUAUGGUUCACUCUU